AUGUCACACCUUUCCAACCCUCUCGCAACAGCAGAACAGCUGUACAAAAAAGCAUCAGUCAAUGAUCUGCCGGCUGAGCUUCAGGAUAGCAUCCUAUUUUUCACUGCUCGACUUACGCAAGCUGCGGGCGUCCUCUUGAGGCUUCCUCAAGAUGUAACAGCUCAAGCAAAUGUCUUACUCUUCAGGUAUUGGCUGGUGGAUGGCUUGAUGCAACAUGAAUUCAGCGAGCUGUCCGCAGCUACGAUAUACAUGACUGCCAAGAUCUCCGCCUCCCCCCGUUCUCUCCGCAGCAUAACCAAUGUCUACGCCUACCUGACUUCGCCAAAUUCCUCUCUCUCCACCCCCAACAGCAACCCUCCCCCUGAUCCAGAAUCCUACUACCUCUCCGAAUCCACCUACAUCACCAAUCGCAACCGCCUGCUACACAUUGAAGGACAGUUGCUCAAUGCCCUCGGCUUCAACACGCAUGUCGCACUGCCUCACCCUCUCGCAAUAACCUAUCUGCAAGCCCUAGACGUGUUCGCCGCGUCGCGGAGCCAGAAGGGCAAGAGUGCAGGCACGGAGGUCGGCAAGCGCGCAAUCGAGUAUCUCAACACGGCGCUGCUGAGUCCCCAGAUGCUGUACCUGACGCACCAACCAUGUGCGCUGGCGACGACGGCGGUGUACCUCGCGGCUCGAGAUAAGGGGGUCAAGCUGCCGGAUGUGGAAUGGUGGGAGGUGUUUGAUUGCGAGAGGGAGGAGCUGGGGUUCCUGGCGGUGGCGAUGGGGAGUUUGGAGGGGGUGGUGAGGAGGGAGAUGGAGAGGUGGGGGGAGGGGAAGGCUAUGAUUACCAGGGCGGAUAUCAGGGGGGAAAUGGAGAAGAUGGGGACGGCUUUGGGCAGCGGUGGUGCGGCUGAGGUGGAGGAUGAGGAGGCCGAGAUGGCAAGGCUGAUGGAUGAAAAGGUUGCUGCUCAAUGA